GGAGGGAGUUGAUUGACGUAAUACUCGGCGAAGAAAAAGAUGGCGGCAGUGGCGUUGGUUGAAUUGCAGCGCGCUCAGUCCUUGAUCAGCACUGACAGGAACACGUCCAUAGAUAUCCUGCACAGUAUCGUGAAACGUGAUUUCCAGCAAGAUGAUGAAGAGGCUGUUUGUGUGAAAGAGCAAAGCAUUCUGGAGCUUGGAAGGCUGCUCGCCAAGACAGGGCAGGCAGCAGAACUGGGGGGACUGCUGAAAUAUGUCAGGCCAUUCCUGAAUUCAAUUAGUAAGGCUAAGGCUGCUCGGUUGGUUCGGUCUCUGCUCGACAUGUUUCUGGAUAUGGAGGAAGCAACUGGUCAGGAGGUAGACUUGUGCUUAGAAUGCAUUGAGUGGGCGAAAUCUGAGAAAAGAUUAUUUCUUCGCCAGGCUUUGGAGGCUCGUUUGGUUUCUCUGUACUUUGACACUAAAAGGUACCAGGAGGCAUUGCAAUUAGGAUCACGGUUGCUUCGUGAACUGAAAAAGAUGGAUGACAAGGCACUUUUGGUGGAAGUUCAGCUGUUGGAGAGCAAGACAUAUCAUGCACUGAGUAAUUUACCAAAGGCACGAGCUGCCCUGACCUCAGCCAGGACAACUGCAAAUACCAUCUAUUGUCCACCAAAACUACAAGCUGCUCUUGAUAUGCAGUCAGGUAUUAUCCAUGCUGCUGAAGAGAAGGAUUGGAAAACUGCAUACUCUUACUUUUAUGAGGCAUUUGAAGGCUAUGACUCCGUUGAUAGUCCCAAAGCUAAUACAGCCUUGAAGUAUAUGCUGCUCUGCAAAAUUAUGUUAAAUACGCCAGAGGAUGUGCAGGCCCUAGUGAGCGGGAAGCUUGCUCUCCGAUACGCUGGGCGACAGACCAAUUCACUAAAAUCUGUGGCCCAGGCAAGCAAGAAUCGGUCAUUGGCUGAUUUUGAAAAGGCUUUAACAGAUUUCCAGGCAGAACUGCGGGAUGAUCCAAUCAUAACAACACAUCUGGCAAAGCUAUAUGACAAUUUAUUGGAGCAAAAUCUUAUCCGAGUGAUUGAACCUUUUUCCAGAGUUCAGAUACAGCACGUAGCAAGCAUUAUAAAUCUGUCUAUGGGUGAUGUGGAAAGAAAGCUGUCCCAAAUGAUCUUGGACAAAAAAUUCUAUGGUAUUCUAGAUCAAGGAGAGGGAGUCCUCAUUGUAUUUGAUGAGCCUCCAGUAGAUAAAACAUAUGAAGCAGCACUUGAAACAAUACAAAAUAUGGGUAAAGUAGUGGACUCUCUCUACAACAAGGCAAAAAAACUGACAUAGAUAUCAACACUGAUCCAGAGAAAUGGAAUGUGAGGGAAGAAUGCGGAGUUUGAAUAAAUGCUAGGAGUUUUUCAGUGUAUUCUAUUUUCAAUCUGAAAGUUUUUAAAACCUUGUCAAAUUCAUUGUGAUCAGAACAAGUUCAUUUAGUUGAUGUUGCUUUUACCCAGAUUAUCAGGGGGUGGUAUGACAUUGUUUUAAAUCCUUUAGUCAAAUGUUGUCCUGCUCUUCAUUCUCUUGAGCAUUUAAUCAAUCUUGCCUUGUUAUGCCCAGAGGUUUCUGGUUGUUCAUUGACCCAUGUUGUAUCUGUGGACCUAGCUGAAAUCACAGUGCUUUUGUCCUAACUUGUUUUCUAACAGUGAACGUACCAGAACUGUUUUGGUUCUUGCUAUCAAUGUCAAAUGUACAAAAGGUUUUGACUAACCAACAGUUAUCAGGUAUAUCUGAUGUUCAGAUGAGUUCAUAAAUAAAAAUACCUUUUUUUCAAAGUGUGUGUGCUUUUUAAAAAAGAUUUCUAAUAUAGCAUGGUGACGAAGUGCAAAAAUUAGGUGUUCUUGAAAGAUAUAGUUAUUUGAAUAUAUUAAUAGCACAGAUGAAUUAGUGUACAUAUUUUCUGCAUCUGAAUUUCUUGGGUGAGGUGUAUGAAGAAAAUUUCUAUGGAAUAUCAGUAUUGAUACCGUAAGUUUCUUUGAAUUGUCUGCAAUGUGCUUUACAAAUGUUAAACCAAUAUCUUAAAGGUCACUUGCAGAAAAAGCUUUCAAAUCAACUACCAUUUUCAGACAAUAAUAUUCUUAAAGAGUAAAAGGGGUAAAAGGGCUCGUGGCGCAGUGACAUCAGCACUGGACUCCGGGAGAGUAAAGGUUCCCCAGUUCAAAUCCGGUCAGGCUGCUCCCGGACACGUUUUCUAUCCUUGCCGGGUUCAGUGUUGGUCUUGAAACUUAGCCUCGUUAAAAAAAAAUGCACUAUGAGGAGGAAGUGGGGGACCACUCACAGAAUCUUUACUCCAAGACAACGACUUUGAAAAAAGUGGUCACUAAGGCUCUGGCAGAGUAUGGCACACAAAACAAGGGGGUAUUUGCAAUUGUUUUUAAAUAGGUCUCUAAGAUGAAAUUCCAAACCUUUUGAAGUUCACUGAGGAAUAACACAUAUAUUGUUCUUAUGCAGAGUACCUUGGGUAGAAUCUACUUCUCACUCAGAUGCUCAGAAUAUUCUGUCCAUUAUUAUUUAUAGUUACAAAGAUUAUGGAACUUUGUUUCUUGUUUUUACUAAUGGGUAGAUAGCUUCUGGAUUGAUAAGGCAUGAAUUAUUCUAUGUGCUGUUUUGAUUGUAGAUGUGAGCUAUACUAAGAUUAUAUUGCUUUUUUUGUUAGAAGCAACUGAUAAAAGUUUUUAACCACUGUAGUUAUCAAUGUUGUAUAUACAAAGUCCUGGUUUUUUAUUUAAGUAAAUUUGCUUGUUUGUUUAUUUAUUUCCUUUAUUUAUACACUUUUAUGUAAUGCAUGAGUGGCUUGCUGCCCACUGUGAGAUAAGUAAUUCUAAUACUUUAAUGUAAACUGAUUUAAUUCUUACACACUGCUGACAGGAUUGUCACUUAAUUUUCAAAGCACUCAGAUUACUAAAGGCUUUCAGAAAUUAAUCUUGAGCAAAAUCAACAAUAACUCCUACUGAUUUUGCUCCUUUAUUGCAUUCUGUACAAAAUUAGGAAAUGCUGAGAACAUAGCUUUUAUCCAUUUUCCGUAGAGUCAUUGUCAAUUGUAAUAUAUUUUGACUGGCAGCAUAGGGAUGAUUUCUUGCUUUGGAGCCAUGCCUCAGUGUGCAAUGGAAUAGUAGGAUAUUUGCCCAAAAACUGUCAGAAACAGGUACAUUAGACUUCAGUAUCUUCAAACACAAAUGUUUCAUAUUUAUACACAACUUGAAGUUAUAUAAAAUAAUGUUAAUAAGAGUGCAAAUGAAAUUAAGCUAUUGCAAUUUUGUUCUUAAGCAUUAGAUUUUUAAAAUAAUCUAUCCUGUUGGUUAACAUUUGUCAUUUAAUAAAUCAAGAUUAAAUAUACUUUUAAGGACUUCUGUUUGCUGAAACUAAUGAAUAGUCUGGUGCAGGUAUAUCUUAUUUAUAUUUUUAAAGAGUCUCUAAGCCUAAAUACUUUUUUUUCUGGUAUUAUGUUUGAUCAUUCUGACGAAGUGUACAAAGUUUGUGCCUGAUUGCUUUCUUUUACU